AUGGCAUUGCGGGACAUUUCAACUAUCGCCGAGGACUUCUUUGCACUAUUCAACAGUCUUCCCCAUGCGGCAAGCCUCCUUCGGUUUCCGGCGUACACCCUUCCAACGGGAUUCCGACCAUUCUCUUCGCCCCCCACCCUUCGUUCGAGGCGCCCCGGUGACAAUGGAGAAGAGGAGGUCCAAGACGCACGCAGGGCCGCCGGUGACGACGGCAUAGUCUCCAGUCUCAACCCACCAGGAGGCCCCCAAGCGGGUCUUCUUCGAUGCGAUACGUGUCCCGGCCGGAGCGGAAAGUGGUUGUUGGUACGUCAUCCGCGACCUUCUCUUCAUCCUUUUCUCUGCCCCACCCUACUUGCUGUUAUAGCACAUGACGUCGUGCCUCCGCAGACACUCAACGCCCAGUCCUUCGUUGUCCGUGAGCAACGCGUGUGCGUUGUUGACUCCUCCUUUCCGUCUGGCCGUAUCCGCGCCAACACACGAGCCGCUCGUUGCCCCUUUCCACUCCAUCCCUCGCCUCCGGUAGCGGAGAUUCCCAUCCUCCGGACGGUUCCCACCUCGUUUUGCCUUCUCGUCUGCAUGGUCGUCUCUUCUGACGUGACGGUCGCGUUUUUAUGCCUCCACUUUUGCUUUCAUCUCGUCUCGCAGCCUCUUCGUGCUGACUCUUUUGGUCGCUGUUACUCGGCCACUCCGCGGGCUGCAUGA